UCAGUUUUAGCGACUCGUUUGGAAAACACUCAGCAGUCAAAUAUAGAGAGUGUGAUUUGGUAUAUAAUUUACAUUACUUAAGAACUUUUAUGGUUAAAUUUUCCGUUUCUUAUUUAUUACGAUAUAAAGAACAACCGGGAUCACAAGUUCUCAGUAGCUCAACAUGCUGUAGGCAUUGGUGCAAACCAUUUUAUAAGAUUGGUCAAAAUCACAAUACCGAAAAAAAAAAGUGUGUGUGUCCACUCCGACGCACGACUGGAGUUUACUGGAUAUAAAUAUAAAUUUGUGUCAGUUGAAUACAGUAAAAUAUGGAAGUUACGUAUUCUAGUGAGAAUGAUCCGGGAGUUGCGGAACACGUGGAUGCGGUAAUUAAGUACAAGAUGCGCGCGUCUGUUAUUGGGAAGGCUCCUGGAGGCUUUAGCCCUCCCCUCAGUACUAGUUCAGCGGUCGGUGCGGACAAACGUGCUUUGGGCGGCUGAAUAUUCCGCCCACGAAGAGCGUAACUUGCAAACGAUGCUGUUUUCAAGUAGAUUCAGUGAUCUGAAGUGCAGUGCUUGAACGAAUUAAUGUGAAUGGACUUGUUGAUUGUUUUUGACUUCUUAUUGGAAUUUUCACAUUUCAACGAAGACAGUUUCACUGUGAAAUGAGAAUCAUAAGAUUAAGCCUCUAAGCUGAAAAUGUGGCAGUGAUUCAGUUAUGGAUUCCUUGGCUCUUCUGACGUCACUGCUUGGACUCAUAUUUUUUUUGGGUUCUGUUGAAGGCGGAAUGAGCGAUGACUACGUCACCAGCGGGGAGGCUCCUUACAUAAUUGAACAACCACUGGACGUAACGGUUGCUAGACACCAGCCAGCAACUCUGAACUGUCGUGCUGGUGGAUCUCCCUCUCCGGCUAUAAGAUGGUACAAAGGUGGUGUUUUGGUAGUCUCUGAUACUCAUAGAAGCAUACUACCAGCUGGAGGACUUUUCUUCUUACGGGCCACGCAUGGACGAGUACACUCGGACGCUGGUGUUUACUGGUGUGAGGCGACAAAUUCCUAUGGAACGGCAAGGAGCAGAAAUGCGACUCUACACGUUGCCGUUCUUCGGGAAGAGUUUAGACUUGAGCCGGAAUCAAAGCAGUCAGCGCAAGGAGACACCGUAGUUCUUGAAUGUUUACCGCCAAGGGGCUCUCCGGAACCAAACGUGUAUUGGAAAAAGAACGGUCAAACUUUGCUCUUUGAUGGCGAUUCUAGAAUGCAUUUGGUGGACGGUGGAAACUUAGUAAUACAAGAUGCCAGACAAACUGACGCCGGCAGAUAUCAAUGUAUCGCAAGGAAUGCGGCAGGUACCAGGGAAUCGGCCAUAGCUACACUUAAAAUACAUAUUAAACCGUACUUGAUCACGGGGCCUGAAGAUGUUGUCGCGCAGACUGGUAGUAGCGUGACAUUUCAAUGUCGCGUUGGUGGAGAUCCUCUUCCCGACGUACUCUGGCGACGAUCAGCUGGAGGAGGCAAUAUGCCACUGGGUCGCGUUAAAGUCUUAGACGACGGAAGCCUUAGACUUGACAAUGUCAUCUUGGCCGACGAAGGAGAAUACUCGUGCGAAGCCGAAAAUUCCGUUGGUGCUGUCAGCGCCAGCGGAUAUCUUACAGUAUACGAUCCACCAUCAAUAAAUUUAAGCCCAAAUUCUGUCAACGUGGAAAGUGGUAAUGUUGCUAGAUUUACAUGCACUGCAACCGGUCGUCCUGAACCUACAAUGUUCUGGAGUGUUGAAGGAAAUAGGACAAUAAUUUUCCCCGGUAUGUCGAGAGACAAAUACCACGCUACGGCUGUCUUCGAUGGAGUUACGGUACUUACAAUCAACGAUACUGACAAAAACGACAGUCGAAAUACCAUAGUUUGUUCGGCGGUUAACUAUGCCGGCAGUUCGUUUGUCCGGGGGAAACUAACCGUGACGUCAGACGAUGACCGCCCACCGCCAAUCAUAACAAACGGGCCCUCUAACCAAACUUUACCUAUAAAAUCGAUGGCAGUUUUCCCCUGCACAGCGAUCUGUACACCUGAACCAAUCAUAGCAUGGUAUUUCGAAGGGGAAGCAUUAAUACAAAAUCAUAGAAGGAAUGUGACUAAUGACGGAACUCUCGUAUUGAAGGAUUUAGAUAAAAGCGAUAGCGGCACCUAUACUUGUGUUGCAUCUUCUCGUCACGGUAAAUACGUGUGGAGCGGGGCUUUAUUAGUCGAUAGCCCUAUAAACCCGAAUAUACAUUUUUUCCGAGCAGCUGACGUAUCAUCUUUACCUGGUCCGCCGACAAAACCUAUAACUCACAAUGUUACAGAUACUAGCGUAACAUUAUCUUGGAGUCAAAAUAAUAAAAUUGGCUCCUCAUCCAUACUUGGAUAUCAAGUGGAGGUAUUUUCAAGAGAAACCCUCUCAGGGAAUAAUACGCCGAGGAAUUCUCGAGGAUGGGUCGUUAUUGCGAGACGGGUUCAUCAAACUCAUUACGUUGUGAAAUCGCUUAUUCCUGGAAUCACCUACAUGUUUAUUGUAAGAACAGAAAAUUCACAUGGCUUGUCUGGUCCUAGUCCGGUUUCCGAUUCGGUUACCGUCGGCGAUGAUUCGAACUCUUUGUGGGAAGGUACCGGAGUUUCUAACAGUACAGAGUACAGAAACAAUAUAUUGACAGACCACAUUGUGGAACUAAUCGAAGCAACGCCAAUAGAUUCAAAAACCAUUAAACUAAUGUGGGAAAUUUUAAAUUUUUACUACUUGGAAGGGCUUUUUAUAUACUUCAGACCCCUUGAUAAUAUAACGAUCGAAUACGAAAUGAAAACUAUUUUACAUUCCAACGAUGUCUCGGGGUUCGAAAUCACGUCGUUGAGGAAGUACACGAAAUACGAGUUUUUCCUCAUACCUUUUUACAAAAAAUUUGAAGGAAAACCCUCAAACUCAAGGGUUGCACAAACAUUAGACGAUGUGCCCGAUGGUCCGCCAAUAAAUAUAGAAAUGUUUAUUUUGAACACGACAACAGUACAUCUGAAAUGGUCACCACCAGAGCUUCAAUUACAAAAUGGUAUAAUCACUGGUUACAACGUUGUUGUGAAUUGGUUGGAUGUACCAGCGAAUAAGUCUAUGGUGGCAAUCAACACUACCGUCCAUCAAGCGACUAGCUUAAUCAUGACUAACUUGACUUCUGGCGUCAGUUACUCUGUGCAAAUCGCAGCCGAAACUAUAAUAGGUUUAGGGCCAUUCAGUCAAAAAGUUUAUUUUAAUAUUGAUUCUCGAUCUGUUGGAUUGGAUCUUCUAUCAAGGUAUCCGAUGAAUGGAGAAGUUUCUAUAGUUGCUGGUGACUUUGUUAUGGAAACGUGGUUUUACUUUUUAAUUGGAGCGAUUGUGUUGUUCAAAAUAAUUGUGAUCGCAGGCAUAAUUUAUGUACGAAAAUAUAACAUAUUCGCCAAAAAGUCUGCACUUCCGAACAUUUAUGAUUCUAACGGAACGAGCUUAGUGACACAGAUGAAUAUCAAGGCAGCUGUUUCACUGUCGCACCCGUUAACAAGUUGUUACAACAAAAAUACGGUGACCAAGACUGAGUCGUUGCUCUGGAUGGAAAAUCAACCGGGCGUCUGUUUGUCCGGAAAUCAAACAUCGCAAAGUAAAGAAAAGACUAAUUUUGAAUACGAUAAAGUGACUCAUCAACUACCAGAGUAUGCUGAAGUAACAUCCGCUAGAGCCAAUGAAUGGAAUACAAAUAAGACAGCAACCUCUCCAGCUGCUUAUGCUUCUGUGACUUUAGUAGCCAAUACGAGACAAUGUGUUAGUUCAUUGGGCUGGUUUCCUCCUGGUGGUAAAAAUGUCGAUACUUUCGACAAUCGAUAUGGGGCAGAUGAAGAGCUGUAUCCUGCUAGCAAUGGUGGCUAUUACAAUCGAAACGUUUACAGUGAAAAGUAUUUUCAAGGACAUCCAAACGUUUUGAAAUUCUACGAUCUACCUUCAAUGGAGAAAUCACAAAAAGCACAGUUGAGAUACAAUCAAAGCUUAGAAGAGCGGAAGGCGGAUAAAAAUUCGAAAGCGGAUGUGACGCAAUCGCUUAUAGGACGAACAUAUGGAAUAAGUUCUAGAAAAAAUUCUGAAUCUGAAACAACGUACCGAGCCUUUGGUGAAUUUGAAUCAGACGAAGAGUCCUAUGAUCAUAAUGGAGGUUACGAUGAGUUGCAAGCAAUGCAGUCACAAAGACAACGACCACAGCAUCAGUACGAAAGGCCUAAUUUUGACAACGAUGGUACGAGGACGUUAGCUCGUCUGACGUCGUUCCGGAAUGGGCAAGGAGUGCUUACCACGGUUUCAAAGUCGUCGCAUCCACCGACACAUCCACCACCCGCGCCCCAUCCCCGGGUAGACUCCGUGACCCGGUAGUAUCACGCUCCGCCGGUUUUCGGCGAACUGUGCCAAACGGACGUGUAGAUUCAAAAGUUUCCUAAUAUUGUAGUGACUUUUCACGUAUCGCAGUUCUUCCUCACGUUACACUUUUGAAGUUAAGUGUCGCGAACAUUGUGGUGACGAGAAGUGAUAAGUGAUUUUUUAUUUUCGUGAUUUUACUGGCCUGACUGAUUGGAAGCAAUGAUGUAAUUUCGGCCUCUCUGUCUUUUUGUUUAAUAUUCAUCUAAAAUAUUCCUAGUCUUUUGUAAAAAGUGUAAAUACUGUAAAUAUAUCACAGUAGCAUUAGGAUUUGAAUAAUUGUCUUGAAAAGCGGUUACGUCAUAAAACGAAUCCAUUCUGCUACUAAACGAUCUAUUGGAAUUGAUAACAUUCAAUUGAUAUGUCCGUCUGAAUAUCAUUGAACGAAUUUGUAUUCUUAAAAUAUCAUUAGGUUAAGUAUUAUUAAAACUAAAUAAUAAAAAAUACCCUAAAUAAAACGCUUAGCAAUAACAUUGAAUUUAUUGACACAGUAAACAAGUAGUGUGAUAGAUAAUGUUUUCUUGCAAUGGCUAUCUCUGUAAAAAUAUAAAUUCCUUUUUUAGAAUUUAAUUUAAUUUUAGUUUUAUUAAAGUGCCAUACGUAGUGUUUUUACGUAGUUAAAUUAUUAAGGUAACAUUGGAGUUGUGAAUGUAUUUCAAAUGAAGCUUUUACAAAUCAUAUAAUAUAUAAUCUACGUAAGAUAAUGUGAUAUGAGUUUUUAUAUAACCACUUGUUAUAAUAUCUCUGAUUAGCACGACUUGUAUAAUUGCAUAUCAAAUGUAGUUAUGUAUUAGUUAAUUGAACUUUUAUGUAUAAGACUUGAUCAUUGGUUGACAUCCCGAAGAAAGUAGCCGAGUGUUUGAAGUUGAUAUUUGAUUACGAAUAGUCUUAAACUAUCUAAAUUAGACCCAUUAUUAUAAGUAUGAGUAUAACGAGUUCUUCCUAAGAUUUUCACAUUUAAUGACUUUCUUUACUACUAUAUUUUCACAUUUAAACAGUCUGCCGUGGUGGUAUCACGGUGCUUAAAUGUGAAAAUCGUGGUAAGAACUCCUUAAAGAAUAGUCCGUGUAAAAUCGAUGUUUAAAUUGAUCGAAAUUGGAUCCGAUUUUUUCGAAAUCAGACCAGCCGCAAAUAAUCUCGCGAAUUGAGUGAUGUCACGUUCAUCCCAUAUUCAAGUAUUACAAGUUCGAAGUUCAGUACGAUCAUAGUUUGUGAAUGGCAUUGAUCACAUACAUCACAGUUACGUUUUAAAUGCGGUCUGCCAACGAAGAAAAUUUAAAUUUCCACUAAGGACUAUUACUUGAAGCAAUAUAACUAGACUUAAAAGAAAAAAAAUAUGUCUAAUUGAAAUAUUAACUAUCUCUGUUUAUGUUUUCGCAGAGGGGGACUUAAUUUGACAAGUGUUUGAAAUUGUGAUGAAAUAAAAAUAAGUUGCGUUGCUGAAUGAUAUGUACUAUGUCAUUCAACAUUUAUAAAAUCUCAAUUUUAAGACAAAAUAUACGAUAAGUGAGCCCACUUAUCUAAAUGUAAAUAGGAAGCCUUUAAUAAAUCGCCUUCGUAAGUUUAACAGUGAUCAAUGAGUAGACUGAAAUUCGUUUAAGAGUAUAUUCUAUUAAUUUACUUCUUCAAUUUUAUUUUUAUUAAUAAUAUAUAUAAUUAAAGAAUGUAUUAUUAAAAUCGUGAAAACUAUGGAUAAAAAACAUUUUGUUGGACAAGCAGCCAAAAAGCUGGCAUAGCAAUGGCGUGGCUGUAGAGAAUCGUAGUUUCGAUACUUUAUAUCAAAGCUUAUCAUUUGUAUUGAAAGAUACUAUGUAUAAGAUGCUAUAAAGAUACUAUUACUACACAACCAAAUGUAUUUUUCACGAAUACACAUAGCGCAGUUAGAUUGCACGAAGCAGCCACUAUGGAUAAAAAACUUCUUAAAAAUCUGUCGAAUGAUUUUAUUAAGAUGACACAUUACCAACGAUUUUUAUACAUAAAUAGCUGUAUUUGGUUCUAUUCUUUAAAAAAAUCUUAUCCUGUCCACUGCGCCUCUGAAAAAGUGACUUUCUUUUUAAGCUACACACUAAGGUGUAUAUAGCGACGUAAUAACUUUCCAAGCUUUUACCGUGGACUUAAAAAUUCCUUAUCUAUCAUUUCUUAAUCAUUCAUUAGCCAUAUCAUAAAAAAGAAUAUUCAAUUUCGAAAGCUUCGUUAUUUACUCAUUCUGGUUUAAUCUGGAUUAAUCGCUUUCAUACAGAGCUUCCUAAACCUGAUUACUUAAUCAUGUGAAUUCGAUUCUCAGUCGGUUCCAGUAAAUCCUAGUUUAGCCGCUACAAGUUUCAUAGCUCCGGUAUUUAUGUUAUUGUGAACACCAGGUAUACCUCUUAACUCGAUAUGGAACUUUAAUUCAUGUGCUCAUAUAGAGUAAUAUAAAACUAACAUUUUUACUACCCAGUUAGGACAUAUUCUGUUAAGCGAUGUUUACCAAACUCAUUAGUGGUUUAAAACGGUAAAGUCCCUUGUAUUGUGUAACCUACACAAGCAAUGUGUUCCGUCUAAUGUUUUCAAUUUUACUAUUAUAUCGCUAAAUAUUUAAAAUAUUGUGAUAUAUUAAAAAAGUGACGGUAAUAUCUAAUUUCUCACGACAGUAGUUAACCAUUACUGAAUAGAUAUUAAAAGUGAAUAAAACUAAUGUAAUCAUUCUGCGCCUUUUAUUGAUAGUCGUUUUUAUGCAAUUCUAAUCAUAUACGAUUUCUGUUUAUUUCUACCCCUUUUCACCUAUAAAAAAUAAUUAAUUAGGUUCAGUUAUUAGAUAUAUUAAGAACCACUGGUUAACUUAAUAUUGUAUUUAAAUGACAAUACGCACUGCAGUGGUAUAGUAAUUAUAUUAUAAUAAGAUAUUGCCGAGAAAGCUGUAAAUUUUAAUUUUAUGCUCUUAUUACAGCGGUCGAUGUAAUCAAAGUACAUUGUAACAGUAUUAAAAAUAUAAUUUAUUUAAUUACAUUAUAGCGGAGACCAGUUUAUGAUUAAGGCUGCCUGCCACAUUCGGGCGACAAUGGCUUCACACACAAUAUCAUACGUGUCAAAUAUUAUCUACUAAAUUUAUAGAUUGUUAAAAUGCUGUUUUUAUACGUUGAGAUCUUUUUAUAGGUGUCCAGUGUCAUAAUGUUAACAAAUAAACUCUAGUAGUACUACUGAAUUGAAAAAAUAAACGAAAUGAUAACGCUUUAAAAGUUGUGUUUUGCGAUAUCCGAUUUUGGAUAAGUAAAUUCGUAGUGGAACCAUAGACAAACUAUCUUUCCUUUUGUGGCCUCAUUGUUCAAUAAUUUUUCGUAUGGUUGCCGCUUUGGACACUGGCUAGACAGAUGUUGCAGUGACGAGUGCUCAUGGGCGGACGCGAAAGGACGCGAAAUGACUUUGUACUGUCACCACCUAUAUGUGUCUCGCUUGGAAAAACCUGUAAGCGAUAAAGUAUCUAAGACCGACCUCUAAUCAUAUUCUAUAACCAAUAAAACUGAUUCAUUUUGUGUUUGUCUUUGAAUAAAUAUUUUUAAUAAAAUAAUGUAAAUCACA